AAAGUAUCGAAAAGAAAGAAAGAAAGAGAAUAAACGUAUUUAGUCAUUGUUCCCGUAGUUGUUCAGAUUACAUCAUCUCUGCCUAAUUUUCACUCACGCUGAUCAGCGUCUCACUGCUAGCAACACAGCCCCAACUCCAUCACCACAGUUCUCUCCCUCUCUACGAUGGAGCAAUAUUGGUCUGGGAGUGCGAUCAAUAAAAACAAAGGGAUGGUAGAGAAUUUGCAGCAUUGCGGAAUAAUCAAAUCUAGGAAGGUGGUUGAAGUAAUGGAAAACAUUGACAGAGGUUUAUUUGUACCCAAUGGGGUUCAACCUUACAUAGACAGCCCCUUUGCUAUAGGCUACAAUGCCACUAUAUCUGCACCGCACAUGCACGCAGCCUGCCUUCAGUUGCUGGAGAAUCAUUUGGAACCUGGAAUGCAUGCUUUGGAUGUUGGCUCUGGGACUGGGUACUUGACAGCUUGCUUUGCCUUGAUGGUUGGACCGAAUGGACGUACUGUUGGCGUGGAGCAUAUUCCUGAAUUGGUUUCCUUUUCAAUCAAGAAUAUUGAAAAAAGUGAUGCAGCUCCACUAUUGAAAGAUGGUUCCCUUUCUGUGCAUGAUGGUGAUGGAAGGCAGGGUUGGCCUGAGUUUGCUCCUUAUGAUGCCAUUCAUGUUGGAGCAGCGGCACCAGAGAUUCCCCAACCACUUAUUGAUCAAUUGAAGCCGGGUGGUCGGAUGGUUAUUCCUGUUGGAAACACAUUUCAAGAUUUAAAGGUUGUGGAUAAGAACUCUGAUGGUUCUAUCAGUAUCCGGACUGAGACCUCUGUUCGAUAUGUGCCUCUCACUAGCAAGGAAGCUCAACUUAAAGGGGAAUAAGAAUAGAAAAGGCGAAGAAAAAUCUUCAUAUCUGAAAGAAUCUGUAUAGUUCAAGUUGGUUUUCUCUUCUUGCCCCCAAAACAGGAAAAGCAAACAUUGUUACUUAGUGAAACAAACAUUUAAGUAAGGGUAUCUAGCUUGAUAAAGACGUCCUAAUCAUAUUAGCAACAUCAAGCAUGUCGAAACCAUAGGAAUUUGGAUCUCUAUCACCGCAUAUGCUUGCCUGAGUUUUUGUAUUUGAAGAUGGAUUCUUAGAAACUCAGUCUUCCCUAAUAUCUUCAAUAUCAAAACAAAAUUAUAUUUAUCAAGUCUCUUUAGAAAAAUGAAAUGUAAGUAUUGUGUUUUUAGUCAUAUAUCUUUAUCCUUUUCAA